AUGUCGCGAGAAUUUCUGGCCCUAAACCCAAACCCAGAACCAUUCACCAGCCAGGAUUGGCACUUUGGCUACCGCCUGCGGCUUCGCUGCGCUUUCUCUGUGGAAGAGUAUGAGAAGGGCAAAGUUGGUUCGGGCCCGACCCUUGGGUUGGAGGAGAACUUGAAGCUAUUGGCUGACUGGAUCUGGUUGAUACAUCACUUUACGGCCGAGGAGGAGGAUUCUGCCGCAACCGUUGAAUUGUAUACGUCCAAGCAAUUCCUGGCAAAGGACAUCAAUGGAGAAAAGGUGCCAUUGACAGAAACCAAGAAGGUCAUUGAGGAGUUGUGGACGCGGAAUGCGGAAGAGAUCAAUAUGGAUCACAUCACGAAGAAGUUGAAAACUCAAGCACUUGAGCUGUAUAGCCGCAUUGAGAUGUAG